UCUUUAAACCUAACAGUGACGUCAACGGUGAGAUUGUAGCAGCUGUUACGUUUUUUGGAGCUUCGUGGAAACUACACGUUUUUUUAUUGUCGUUACGUUUAGGAGACUCGUCCAGCAUGGCCCGUGGACACCAGAAAAUCCAGUCGCAGCAGAAGAACGCCAAGAAGCAGGCUGAGAUUAAGAAGAAGGGCAAGGGUCAUGAUCAGAAGACGGCGGCCAAGGCGGCGCUCGUCUUCACCUGCGAUGUGUGCAAGUCCCAGAUGCCUGACCCUAAAACCUUCAAGCAGCAUUUCGAGAGCAAGCACCCGAAAUCCCCUCUUCCCCCUGAGCUGGAGGGAGUGGAGGCAUGAGGAACCUCUCUCACCUCCUCUUCUCCCACACCUAAAUGGCUUCCUCACGGUCCUCUACCAGCUCUGCACUCGUCUUGGUCCCGUCGCAUCGUAGUCCCAUCGCCAACAUGAAGAAGUCUUCUUUAUGGUUUGCUUUCACUCAUUGAGUCCUGCUACUUUGUUUGUGUGCGUGUGAUUGAGCCAAAAGGUCUGUGUUUAAUUCCUUGCAUGCGUGUGUGUCAGCACGCGUGUGUGAGAUCCAUGAACAAUCCCAGCGAUCCGUCACUGCUCUGAUGUGUUGUGCACAUUAAUAAUGUUGAUUAUAUAAUUCUGAGCCAGCUGUUUGUUUAAUUAGGUGAUUUUUAACAAAUUUUUUGUUUUUGUUUUUUUUAACGCUACUUCUCACCUGGGCUGGGAGAGGACUGGGGGGGUUUGGCAGGCACAUACAUUUGUAUUCCUAGUUGUAAUCAGGGCGAUAAUUGUGGACAUUUAUCUGUUGUAUGACAUUUGACUGUGUGAGGGCUCGCAAUCUUUACAGUCCACACAUGUUUGUUAACACUGUAUUCCAUUUUUUUAUCCAGUUAAUCUUCAUGUUGGCUCAUCUAAAAACGUGCCGGCCAGGCUGCUACUUAAUGAAAGAAAAAAUGCAAGAUUAACAAUUUGCAGCAAGUGUCAGGAACUGGAAAGUAUGCUCACUGAUGUAUUAUAGAGUUUUAUUAAAUUUUACUUUGUGGUAA